UUGGAAAUUGUGAGGGGCGGGACCCGGCGUUUCAUAAUAACUCCUCACUACAUAUGUGGAAAGCCAGAGCUCCGGCCGACCUCGUAAACACAAUGUUUUGCUCGGAUGUCUUUAUUGAUUAAAACAUGACCCAAGCGACUAUCUAAAAGAGAAUACUGCAGCCCCCUCAAAAUGAAGGGUCUUUUCCUUGUGGAGCCCGUGGUUGCUCUGUACGCUUUCUCCAGUUUUCUCAUCUAUCCGCUUGUGCAGCAGUACGUAUACCGCAGGCUUUGGCAGCAGCUGACGAACACCACCUAUCCCAUCUCUGACAACACCUCCAGAUGUACAGAAAACAGCAGCAACCAGUCAAGCUACCAUGAGGAGGUUCAGAGGCAGGCAUCUAUCUUCUCCCUUUACACAGAGCUCUUCUCCACAAUCCCCUCUUUGGUUGUCACUCUCAUGCUUGUGGCUUAUAGUGACCGUGGAGGACGCAAGAUCACAAUCAUAAUGCCUCUAAUUGGCACGUUGAUCUACACCUUAUCCUUCCUGGCGGUGUCCUACUUUGAGCUCAACAUUUACUUGCUGAUUGGCUCUUCGCUUCUAAGUUCUCUGUUUGGUGGCUUGGGCACGUUCCUGGGGGGCUGUUUUGCCUACAUAGCCGACUUGUGUGAGGAUGGUCGCCAGAAGACGCUGCGCAUGGCUGGACUGGACAUGAUGAUUGGCCUGUUGUCUGGGGUGGCCUCAAUAUCAACAGGCUACUUUCUGAGAGCUGCGGGUUUUAACUGGCCUUUCAUAACCUCCGCAUUGUGUCAGUGUCUGAUCCUACUCUAUGCAAGUUUCAUCCUAGAAGAGACUGUGAAGGCAGCUCCCUCUGAUGCCUUUAUUCUAGACGGGUCUCCUCAGCGCUCAGCCUUGAAACAGAUGAUCUACGGGGUCUACCAUAUGUUUGCAGCGGCCAGCCGCAGGCGUAAAACUGUCUUGGUCCUCCUGAUGAUCAUCUUCACCAGCUUCUCCUUCGCCUAUGUGGGUGGGAUCUCCUUGAUGACACUGUAUGAACUCAAUGAGCCACUGUGCUGGACUGAGAUUUUGAUUGGCUACGGUGCAGCUCUGUCCACCACUGUGUUUCUGACCAGUUUUGUGGGAGUGUCUGUGCUCACAUACUGUGGUGUGCCACAGCAGCUCCUUGUCCUGAUGGGGAUCCUGUCCGUCAUAUCAGGCAUGGUCAUGGCAGCGUUUACUAAGACCACUUUAUUGAUGUUUAUAGUGAGGGUGCCAAUGCUUCUGUCUAUCAUGCCUUUUCCCGUUCUGCGCUCCAUGAUGUCAAAGAUCAUCUCAAAGUCUGAACAGGGAGCCCUGUUUGCCUGUCUUUCCUUUGCGGAGAGCUUAACUAGCAACGUAUCGAUGGCAGUCUUCAACAGUGUGUAUGCUGUUACUGUGGCAUGGUACCCCGGCUUCAUCUUCCUGUUGUCUGCAGGACUCUGUGCCAUCCCCUUGUUCGUCCUUGGGGUUGUGGGUCUGAUAGGAGUGGACGUUCCCAAAGAGGAAAAAAAGCCAGAGUCUGUCUUCUCAGGAGAGGAGGAACCUGUUGAAGAUCAGAACGACAACAGUCCUAUUCUUAGCUGAGCCACAUGGACUGCCAAACCUCACACGCACUUUGUUUAUUUUUGUCCGUGGUCAUUUAUUGUUAGAUGCAUUUUGCAGUAGUAACCCAGUGGCUCUUGUUGUCUUUUUUAUUAAGUUAAGUUAAUGCAGGUUACAGAUUCAUCUCUAAGCUUCUGUUGCUGUGGUUGUUUGUGCUAUUGAAUUUGAAAAGUAUGAAGAUGCAUCAGGGAGUUGUAGGAAAACAGUAAGGGAUGUCAACUGACGUGGAUCAGAUAUAAUACGUCUUCAAUUAAGAACGCCGUGUGAGCAUUCUCAGAUUUUGUUUAUACCUCAAAAUAGACUGACUGUGACAUUGAUAAUAUAUUCAAAAUGAUUUCACAGUUAAAAUAAGUAAAUAAAUAAAUAAUGCUGAAAAUAAUAAGGCCUAAAACACUGAAUUUAAUUGAGUUUAUUGUCAUUACAUAUAAAAACUUUGUUUAAGUUCAGUGUAAAGGAUCACAUUCCCUACAAUGUUUUUCUAUCAUGUUGAAUCUAUUUAUAAAUUAUGUUUUGUACAAAAUAAAUAACUCAAGUGUGAUUUAUCAUAGGAGACAGAAUAACUAAAUUGAAGUACGUCACUUUCAUCUAUAAUACUUACUAAAAACACUUAAAUGAACACAUUAUACUUAUGUAGCUUGUACCCUUAAUUGCAUAUGUAGUAAUUUAAUAAACUCUUGAGGUUUAAUUGUUUUCAUAAAUCAUUUCAUUAGUUUAAUUUAAUUAGACACCAUUAUUUAAUUUAUUCACUUUGACUCUUGAUAGAAAAACUUCUAUCUUCCACUCUAUCCAUGUAAAAAUGUUUUCAAAUUUUUUCAUUUCAGCCAUUAAUUGCUAACUUUUAGUGGUGUAUUCUGACAGUUAAUUCAAUACAUUUAGCUAAUUAUUUGUAUUUUUUUAAAAAUACUUUUUUGUCCUUUUAGCCUUAUCAUUUCUUUUGUUCUUUCUUUUUUAUCCAUAACUAUUUCAUCUCCUCUGUUCUUUUGCGAAUUAGUUUUCAUGCACUCAUCAUUGCAACAACACAGCAAUUAAUUGUUAUAGUCGACUCAAUAUGUGGGUGUUCUUUCUGGCAACAGCAUAUAUACCUCUUGGGGUACAAGUACCCCUGGUUAGGAAACCCUGCAAUGUAGCACAAAUCUUUACUUUGAAAAGAUUCACAAUUUAGAUUUUAUUUGCAAAAAUCCAAAAGUAUUGUAAAAAUAAUCAAUAAUCUGAUCAAAACUGAUGGAAUAUCUUUAAAAGAAGCAAUCAGUGCCUUUGAAGAAAGAAAAAGAAGAAUGAAAUGAAUGCUCUCUACAACAUACAUUUUAUGGCUGUCCUAUAACUUUCAUGAUUUAGGGGAUCAUGAGGAAGCUAAAGAAGACCAAAGCAUCAUCAUUAUGAUGGGAAUUUUUUUUUUUGAUGUGAAUAAUGUUCAGAUUUCAUUUUAAUUUAAUUCAGAUUUAAUUAGAUGUUUGUAUGUGUGUGUGUGUUUUAAUAACAAAAUUAAAUGAGAAUGAAAUUAUGUAUGAAUCUCCCACAAGGAUCCUUGUGAUCCUUGAUUUGAUCCUUAUCAUAAGAUUUAUUUGUUUGUAUUUGGGGAAAUAUGGAUUUGAUUUUGACUUUACUGACUGCACAUGUUGAAAUUAAUAAAAAGAAAAGAAAAUUAAAUUCAUGCAACCUUGAA